AUGUGCUCCAGGCUCCCGGCGCUCUUGCUGCCCAUCUGGCUCUCCUGGACCCUGGGGACUCAAGGCUCUGAGCCCCGCAGCGCGCAGUCCCGUGGGCACAGGCACUGUACCUCACCCACUGGCUUUCGGCCUGUGUCGCAGCUGGGCUGGGGUCGUAGAGGGGGUCGGGCCCAGAAAAGGGGCGGAGGGAAGCCGAUAGCGUUUCCCUCACCGCCUCUGCUAGUGUCGCCGUCGGUCCCCUCCUUCGCCCGGUCGCAGAGAGCUCGGCGGAGCUGGUUUCGCGGCCGACCCCGGCCCUGCUGCGUGCAGCGCAGCCGCGGCUCCAGCUUGCUGUCCCCCGCCGGGCUCCAGGUCCCGCUCCGCAGCCGCGGGGGCGGGAGGGAGCGCAGAGGGCCGGGGCCCCCGGCCGCGGAGACCCGCGGCUCCUCCUCUCCCCGGGUCUGCUCCUCCCCCUCCUCCCCUCCCCCUCCCCCUCCGCCCUCCUCCGCUCGGGGCCAGCGCGGCGGCGGCGGCAGCAGCAGGAGCAGCCCCGGCUGCGGGUCGCGACGGCGGCGGGGCGCCCCCUCCCCCGUGCCGGGGCGCGGCGGAGGGAUGUGGGGCUUUGCGCGAGGAAGGCUUUUCGGCAUUUUCUCGGCCCCAGUGCUGGUGGCGGUGGUGUGCUGCGCCCAGAGCGUGAACGAUCCCGGGAACAUGUCCUUUGUGAAGGAGACGGUGGACAAGCUGUUGAAAGGCUACGACAUUCGCCUAAGACCCGACUUCGGGGGUCCCCCGGUCUGCGUGGGGAUGAACAUCGACAUCGCCAGCAUAGACAUGGUUUCCGAAGUCAACAUGGUGAGUGCUGGCCCUCCCCAGGGCUGUCCCCGAGCCCCUGCCCCACUGUCUGGGCCCACAGGACUGGGCCAGAGGCCUUCUCUGACCGGGCCGAGCUUCCCCUGCCCGCAGAGGGAGCGGCUCUCCGGGAGCCAGCCCCCAGCUCUUGCGGCUCCCUCCACCCGCCCGGUGUGCGCUGGGGGCGUCGGGGCGUCGUUGGCAUCGGUGCUGUGA